ACAAAACACCGCAGCUGUCUGAAACGUCAAAUUCGAAAUAAUAGACGUAAAAGUGAACCAUGAGUUUGGAGAAUAUACUGAAGAAAGUUGUUCAAGAAAUAAGUAGAGACUUAGUGCACAGAAAUAUCCACGUCAAAGAAAUUUUCAUCAGAUAUUAUGCAGGCCUACUUUCUCUGGAUCCAACCUGGGGUAUCUCCAAGAGCGUUCUGCACAAUCGCCACAAGAUACAGAAGUUCGUGAAAUACGUAACCACGAAACUAGCAAAUCAGUUUGAUCCUGACAUAAUAACUUUGAAGAUGCAACUAUAUUACAGUCUUAACUGUGAAGAUCGGGAUGAGAUGAUAAAGAAACUGAGGUCUCAACUCACCGUCAAACUCGUGCCCCUUCAGAAGGACAUCCUCAGGGUGAAAACUGUGGGAACCGCAGACUCGAAGCUGAUGCGGAAAUUCUACAAGAAGCUGAUUUAUUACAUGGCCCUGCACUCUGGAAUGGGCAACCCGUCGCACGAUAACGUAUUCCGAGAGAUCCAGACAGCUCUUAAAAGUGUCCUGACCGAUCAAGAAGUCCGAGACUACAUCAACAGAGGCGGAUCCGACAAAAAAGAAAGACUGAACGAAUUUAGCGAACUGGUUGCUGGCAUCAGAUUGUUCAACAGAUUUUGUGGCAAGGCAGGGGAUAGUAUUGAAGAUGUUCCGAAGAUGCUCAGAAAAGCAUGCACUGCCAUGCAACAAGAAUCGCAGAAGUUACUGCUGAGCAUUAUGCAGAAAGUGAACAUACUGACAACCAUCUUGGACAUUCAUUAUAUUCCCAAUCAAAUCAAAUCGAACGCAUACGAGUUGAAUUUCGUUGAAUUACCCGAAGGUGUCACUAUGAGCGAUGUGGACCGUAUAAAGAACCUUUUGAUCAUGUACAGACAGUACGAAAUAUUCGUUAGACAGCUCAUAUCUAAAAUGGCACAAAUAGAGGAUAAAGAAGAAGAAAUAUCCGAAAAACUAAAGAAAAUGUACGAAAGAAUCAACGAUAGCGUACAGUACAUGAUCGCAGUGCCGGCUUAUCAAAUUUUCCCCAUGUUCAGAGAACUGGCCAAGAUAUGGUUCCGCAUGCAAGACGAAGCCCUUCUUCUUGGUAAAUACAACGAUAUGCUGGUCGGUCUGGCCAUAUACGCGAAACAAAUAGCCUAUCCCGAAUAUGAGCGGCAAGAUUGGGUCAUCGAACAGCUAUUAGGAGGAUAUCAACCUGAAACGGAUGCUGAAAGGAUGAGAGUUCCUCCGGGAGUUGCUAUAGUUCCUCCGGAGGAUCCGGACUUUAAGGUGGUGCUGCCGAAUCAAUAUGAAACCCUGAAAAAAAUUGAGUUCGAGUUUUUAGGAUUCUGUCCGUGGAAACUUGUAGUGACAAAUGGAGCCCUCAUUCCAGGAAACCCUAAAAUAGGUUUCGUUGACCGAGGCGAGAAGCACUACAUCUUUUCCGAACCAAUGGCCAUGAACAUGUUCAAUCUGGAUUGUAAAAACCAAAUCAACAAGGCUAUGGAAUUGUUCAGAAAAAAGCCUGAGAUGAUUCAUUUCCUAGGAGUUCAAGACCAACUGAUGGCAGUAAAAGAUGUAGAAAUAUUGAUACCCCCAGAAGAAGUUGAAGCCGAAACUUUCUCUGUUGAAUGUCAGACUUUGGACCAUCCUAUACCUUCGAAUAUCGUACUAAACUACAAACAUAACAUAUGGGAUCUCAAAAGAGAGGCUCUUUUGCUGGCCAAACUAUCUCAUUGCAAAACAUCUUCAACUCAAACCGAGGAAUGUGCAGGUUUAUGUCCUGCUACUGUUCAAACCUACGAUCUUAAGGAUCAAGGAGUGCAGACUAAGAGAGAACACGGAACCAAUGUACCUAAACCUCUUCAAUAUCUUUAUGGAUUAAGAGGAAGAAUGGACGACAAGCAAAUGCAACUAGACCUCACAGAAACUAUAGAGCAUAGCUAAGGACCAGUGAAAAACAUUCAUUCAAAAAUCAUAAUAUAUUCACAAUUUUUACAACGAAAUCCAUAAAUAGUUUAUGGUCAGACAUAAUGUAAUAUCACAAUACAUGUAUUCCUUAAC